UCAGUUUCUUUGCCAGCGAGAGAGAGUCAUCCUUGUCUUUCCUGUUCUGCAGUUUUGCGUCCUUGGAAAUGCACCUGGGAGUCUCACCCUGCCUGCCAAAGAGGACGCGGCCCGUACUACUCCCAGAUGUUAAAUGAAUUCUGUGUCACCUGCUUCAGUGCAAUACUUGAAUCACAAUGAGCUGCCCCACUCCGACGGACAGCAGCUCUUUAGCUCCAGGGCCAGCAGCCACGGGGAAAGCCACAGGAGACCCGUCUCUGUGGGGAGCUCUGCCCACGGCCAGUGCAGUGAGCUGGAUGAAGUGGACAAGAUCAAGUGCAAAGUGCUUUCUGUCUGGAACAAAGUGAAAUAUGGCUGGACCGUCAAGAGCAAAACCAAUUUCAGCAAACUCUCCCCAGUCUACCUCUUUGGCUACAACUACCACUUUGAACACGAGGAGGACGUGGAGCGAUUCCAGAAGGACUUUGCUUCCCUUCUCUGGCUGACCUAUCGGAGGGAGUUCCAGCAGCUGGAGGGCACCACAUGGACCACGGAUUGUGGCUGGGGCUGCAUGCUGCGCAGCGGGCAGAUGCUCCUGGCCCAGGGGCUCCUUGUCCAUUUCCUUGGCAGAGACUGGACCUGGCCUGGCACCUUGCUCGCCAGUGGUUUGGCAGAGACGGAAACCAGGAAGAGCUCCUCUGUGUCCCACCCCAGCACUGCCCACCUGCCUCAUGCGCCACCCCUCCUGGCGCAUGGAAGCAGGGCCCCCUUGGAAUCCAGGACCCCCCCGCCACCUGGCAGUCCUGAUGAGCGGGAGAAGGAGCGCCGCCACCGCAGGGUCACCGCCUGGUUCGCGGACAGGCCAGAAGCACCUUUUGGGAUCCAUCAUCUUGUUGCUCUCGGGCGCAGUUCAGGGAAGAAAGCUGGGGACUGGUACGGGCCUUCCGUCACAGCCCACAUUCUGAGGAAAGCCGUGGAUUGCUGUUCGGAAGCAGAAAGCCUGGCUGUAUAUGUGUCUCAGGACUGCACAGUGUACAAAGGGGAUGUGGCGAACUUGGCCUGCAGGAGCAAAGGCAGGGCUACGUGGGACCCCUGUGCAGAGUGGAGAGCCGUCAUCGUCCUGGUGCCCAUGAGGUUGGGUGGGGACAGCCUCAACCCGGCCUACGUGGACUGUGUUAAGGAGCUUCUGAGGUUGGAUUUCUGCAUUGGGAUCAUUGGUGGAAAACCACGGCAUUCUCUGUACUUCGUAGGAUAUCAAGAUGACUUCCUCCUGUACCUGGACCCUCACUAUUGCCAGCCCUUCGUGGACACAACCCAGGAGAAUUUCCCCUUAGAGGCCUUUCACUGCAGCUUCCCUCGGAAAACAGCAUUUAGCAAGAUGGAUCCCAGCUGCACCAUUGGCUUCUAUGCUCGUCACAGUGGAGAGUUUGAGCAGCUGUGCUCGAAGCUGACUCAGGUUCUGAACUCUGCCGCCAUCAAAGAGCGCUAUCCCAUGUUUUCAGUUGUGGAGGGCUGUUCCCGGGCAUACGGAUUGGAUGAGCAGGGCUCCCAUUUCUCCCAGCAGAUGAAGCCAACCCAACAUUGUACCAAGCGGGACAGGGCGAAAAAGCCCUCCGUGGAGGAAUUUGUCGUCUUAUGAUUGCUGACCAGGUAGUCUCAUCUUCACUGGACUUAUUUAUUGUUAUUUAUGUCGAGCCUUUGGGCCGGCUUCCUCCCUUUGCAGCAGGGAGGGGGGCUCCUGAGUCGUCCCUAGAGGUGACCCUGCUGCUCAGACCACAUCCUGCUGCAACCAAGAGGGUCUUACUGGCCAAAGCUGGGCCACUCCGGGGGAAAAAGUCACCACACUGGAAUAGUUAGCACUGAAAUUGACUGUGCAUGUCAGGAAAAAAAGAGAGAGAGAGAUGUCGAGAUGGGGGAGUGAAGACUUUUGGGAAGGGGGUUGUAAGUUUGGUUUGUGAAAAAUACGUUUGUCUAUUUUGCUGACGCUGCAACCUGACUUCCAGCCAACCCUUUGAUUUGCUGCUGUUGUCCCAGAGUGAGAAUCCUUUGCUGUCCUUCCCUGGAUUUACUUUGCCGUCCUCUCUAGUGAGGACCAUUUGUCUGUACUGAGCAGGGGAACGUCCCUCAUCAAGGAAGGGAAGAAGUGCUUGGGAUGGAUGGUGCUUUUGCCCUGCAGUUCAGGGUCACCUCUCGGGAAUCAGGGUGGUUCUGGCCCCUUCCCUGCAAAUCACCCCUAUUCCCAAAGCAUUUCUGUUCUCUUGCACCAUCAGUUCAUCUUCACGCAAUCAAGGGUGUAAGUUACGCCAAACCCGGCUACGCGAGACACCUGAGAGCACUGACUGAACGUGCCGGGAGGGGCAUAAAGUAGGCGUGAGCACGCUGGCCCGUCCUCCGCCUCCGCAGGAUUGGCCAGCCACAUGUGCAAUGUGAAUUCAUGAUGACAGUGUCUGUGCAUGUGCUCCAUCCCGUGGUCAGGGGUAUCGGAUGCUGCUGCAUCCGUGAGGUCACUUCCUCCACAGGUUCCCAAGCUGGUGGUUGUGGGGGAGGCCAGGCCCGUGUGCCUAUGCCCCAGUCUCCCUCUUUGCCCGUUCCGUCAACAUGUGGAGGGUUCCUGCACAGAGGGUCUCGUGACAUUUGAGAACCUGAGCAAGCAGGUUUGUGCAACUCGAGUGCUGUCAUCUGCCCCACCCUCCUGGAUUUUGUUGCUCACGGGCAGCCAGACUUGCUCUGUGGGUGAGAAUUCUGACAUUUGCUGUAAUGGGGCUGCUCCGCACCCGUUUCCUUCUGGAGCAGCACCUCCUUCUGAAAGCGUUUGAGUUAAUAAAUGAUCAGUUUGGCACACCA